AUGGUGGCCCUUCCAGAUUGGUGUCCAACAUACAGUCCUCGAAAGAAAGACGCUGAUACUGGUGAAGAAGUGUUCUGCAUCUGUAAAAAACCCGAUUCUGGGGAACUAAUGGUGGGAUGCGAUGGAUGCGAUGAUUGGUUCCACUUCUCGUGUUUGAAGGUGCCCAAAGAGUACAACGAGCUGGUCUUCUCGUUCUACUGUCCGUAUUGUCAAGCCGGAAUUAUGGGUCCAGGAGCCCAUGAUGGGAAAUUGCCCAAAACGUUGUGGAGACGGAAAUGUAGGGUCCUGGAGUGUUUCAAAUCAAUUGCAGACAAUAGCAAGUACUGCAGUGAGGAACACGCUCUAGCUUUUAUGGAAAAACUGGUGCAACGUGUGGAAAUCCCUGGCCAAGAUCCUAACCUCGUGCUGCGACAAAUGCUGCAGGAGCCCGAUUUCGAUCAUUUUAAAAACUUGGGUCAACAUGGUCUUCCCACGCCUUCAGAAGAUCUAGCAUCGAAACUUUUCUCCAGCGAUAGCACGCUGCAGGAUCUGGAGGCCCAGCUGCGUGAACUGCGAGGAGGAAUCAAAGGUGAUGUUGAAACGCAAAUAGACCAGCUCACACAGUAUUCACAGUGGGUUCGAACAGCCAAUGAUCUUCUGUUCGGUAAUGGUACGCAAGAAAACGCCAACGAUGACUCCACAGCCGGUUCCAAGACUUCACGAACGCGGAAACGCAAACAAACGAUUAAGCGGAAAGCCAUAUGUGGCUACAGCAGCGAAUUGGUGGCGCCCUGUUCUGCGGAGGAAUUCGUGGAAGACUUUAGACAAAUGGACUCUGAGCCUACUGAAUUCAAGGGCGUCUGCUGCAAACUGCGGUGUAUCAGACAUUCGGACUGGGCAUCCACGCGUGAGAGCAGCUUGCAAUUCCAGCUGGAGUCCUUGCAAUCGUCAGAGCAACGUCUACCGCUAUUGAUCAAGAUUCGCCAGGACCAGCUCAAAAUGCAAUUUUACAAACAGAUCACAAAGGUGUGA